AUCAAUCUGCCUUACUUCCUCAGUGGAAAUCUAGUCACUUCGAUGUGGUAGUUGGUGUGUUAUCAGCUCGCAAUAACCAUGAACUUCGAAAUGUGAUAAGAAACACCUGGCUAAAGCAUUUGCUAGAACAUCCUGCAUUAAGUCAGCGUGUGCUUGUGAAGUUCAUAAUAGGUGCUCGUGGCUGUGAAGUGCCUGUGGAAGACAGGGAGAACCCUUACUCCUGCAGGCUGCUCAACAUCACCAGUCCAGUUUUGAAUCAGGAAAUUGAAGCAUUCAGUCUUUCAGAAGAUGCUACAUCAGAGCUCUCUGAGGACCGAGUUGUUAGUGUGAGCUUCCGAGUUCUCUACCCAAUUGUUAUCACCAGUCUUGGAGUAUUCUACGAUGCCAGUGAUGUGGGUUUCCAGAGGAACAUUACGGUGAAGCUUUAUCAGGCAGAACAGGAGGAGGCCCUCUUCAUCGCUCGCUUUAGUCCUCCGAGCUGUGGCGUUCAAGUGAACAAACUCUGGUACAAGCCUGUGGAACAGUUCAUCUUACCAGAGAGCUUUGAAGGUACAAUAGUGUGGGAGAGCCAAGACCCACAUGGCCUCGUCUCAAGAAAUCUUCCCAAAGUCACGGUGAAUGAUGGAGGGGGAGUUCUCAGAGUCAUUACGGCGGGGGAGGGUGCGCUGCCUCACGAAUUCAUGGAAGGUGUGGAGGGAGUUGCAGGUGGUUUUAUUUACACUGUUCAGGAAGGCGAUGCUCUCUUACGUAACCUUCACUCUCGGCCUGAGCGGCUGGUUGAACAUAUGAGGAAUCUCCAUGAGGAAGAUGCCUUACUGAAGGAGGAAAGCAGAGUCUAUGGGGACAUUGUCUUUGUGGAUGUUGUCGACACUUACCGAAAUGUUCCUGCGAAACUACUGAACUUCUAUAGAUGGACUGUGGCAACAACCAGCUUCAGUUUGUUGCUGAAGACAGAUGACGACUGUUACAUAGACUUAGAAGCUAUCUUUAAUAGAAUUACCCAGAAGAAUCUGGAUGGGCCUAACUUUUGGUGGGGAAAUUUCAGACUGAAUUGGGCAGUGGACCGAACUGGCAAGUGGCAAGAGUUGGAGUACCCCAGCCCAGCCUACCCUGCCUUUGCAUGCAGGUCGGGCUAUGUGAUUUCCAGGGACAUUGUCAGCUGGCUGGCAAGCAACUUGGGGAGAUUAAAGACCUACCAGGGUGAAGAUGUAAGCAUGGGCAUUUGGAUGGCAGCCAUAGGACCCAGGAGAUACCAGGACAGCCUGUGGCUGUGUGAGAAGACACGUGAGACAGGAACGCUGUCCUCCCCACAGUACUCGCCACGGGAGCUGACGGAGCUGUGGGAGCUGAAAGAACUGUGUGGUGACCCUUGUCGGUGUGAGGCAAGAUCAUGACGACUCAAACCCAACAGUGUGUAAAGACUGAGGUGGGCAGAGGACAUCUCUGUGUAAGGCUGAGACAAGCGCACAGGUUGGCAGUAGAAUACAUGGUCUUUCAGGAGAGUUCUCAGCUGGCACUUUCUCCUGCGGCCAGUGUGGUAUUGCUUCAUGUUUGCACAGAUUUCCUCCUUAAAAAUCAUCGACACUGUAGCAUAAGAAGAGUUUUUAUUUAUAUAUUGGAAGAUGACUUUUAAAAUAACAAAUUGUUUUCUAAAAGGAGAAGUAUUUCUAAAUUCUGGUGCAUUUUUGCUAAUUCGUCAUAAUGAUUUUUGUUUAAAACUUGGCCUGGUUAGGAAAUUUUGAGUAGUGACUCAGAGCUAGAAUUUGAACCUGGAUUACAAAGUAGCUCUGCACAGCUAAAUUAGCACAUCUGCAGGCCAAAAAGAACUCAGAAAAAUGCUGUGUGCCCACUUGGAUGAGCAGUGGUCACUGAUACCAAAGUUCGGGGUUCCUGGAAAUAAUGUUAGGUUUUGUGGAUCUCUGAAUGAAGUGGGCAACUUGACUUUGAAAAGGACACAAUAUAACCCUCAGUUGGACCUUGGUUUUAAAGAUACUCAUUUAUAUAUGAGGCUAAUAUCCAAGUUUUGUGCCGUUUAACAAAUCCUGCAGGUCAUAGUUCAGUACUCUUAUUAAACACUAAUCUUUGUGGAUGUGAAUAAAAGUAAAUACUCAGGGUUUUUGUGCCAUUGGGAAGGCUAUUUGUAAAUCGCUGACACUUUGAAAGAAUUAAUGUUGCUCUUCUAUCAUUACCUGCUAUUUACUUAGUAAAGUAAAUAUGAAUCAGAGCAAAUCAUCUUUUAUGGAAGAUGUGCUCAGGUUAGGUAUAACUGUAGGGAAAAGCAUGCGGUUAAUUCUUUAAGUACUCUAAAAAAUAGUGCAACUGAGCAAAUAGCACACACGUUACACACAGUAAAGGAUAUGUCUCCCUGAGAUUAAGGGACAUUUCACAAAAACCAAAUCAAUUUAUAGUAAACUUUAAAAAUAGUACCAGUAGAGAAUUCCAUUUGAUAUAGUCUUACGAUAGACAUUAACUAUAUUCAGAUUUUAUUAGAUUAGCUAGUUUCUAUUUAAUAUUUAAAUCUUCAUGAGAUGCAGUGAUGAGGUGUAAAAAUAAAUACGAUGAUCAGAAAA